GCCUGGUGAGUUCCACUCGGCGUGUCCUCGUCCAGCAGGAAGGAGCGCAAACCAGUCGGAGGAGUUGACACCUCGUCUUGCUUCUCUCUCCGUCACCAGGACGCGUCUCGUGGGAUCGAGCCCCGCACACUUCAAUGUCAACGUCGUCUUUUAGGAUUGCAGUUUAUUCCAAAAAAUAUUUUUAAUACCACAAAAAAAACACGUUUUACUACUUCAAGAUGCAGCCAUAAAGGUUUUUUCGAGGUGGAAGGUGUUUCUUUUCUUCAGUCCAACUCUUCCUGUUAAGAUGGAAAGCAGCGCACCUUGAGCCACCGGGACGAGAUGGGAAAAUGGGAGCUGACAAUGAACCCAGUGCAGGAGUGGGGAGAGGAGAUUGAGGACGGGGCGGUAUAUGGUGUCACUCUGCUCCGGGAGCCUGUCCCUUCCUCCCCCGACGCUAGAGACGAGAGUGCGUGUUGCGCCUUCGUGCAGUACCGAACCUGCAAGGUGCGGCGUCUGAAGGCGGCUACCCUUGAGCGCCUGGUGAACCACCUCCUCGACCCCGGCAGCCAGGAGCAGGACUACGGCAGGAUCUUCCUUUCCACGUACAGAACCUUCACCGGUACCUCAAAGCUUAUAGAGCUCCUGUUCCAGAGAGACAACAUUGUCUCCGAUCUGGACAACAGUGAAUGCUACACGAGCCCUCUGUUGGCCUUUGUCCAGACGUGGUUGGACGACUACUGUGAGGACUUCAGGGAUCCUCCUUUGCACCCGGCACUCAGGCUGCUGUUGGACCACCUUAGGAUCAGCUCCGCAGUUUACAACAAUAUAAGCAGUCAGCCCAACUUUAGCUCCUUGGCUGGGCAAGCUGAGGAACUGCUCCAGAGGCUACAGAUAGAAGCAGAAGUUGAGAAAAAUGUCCAUCCUGCACCGCAAGACAUGGAGCAAGAUGAGGAGGUUGCUGAUGAUGAGGAUUCAGGAUGGGAACUCUCUCAUGAUCCAGGAGGCAUCUUGGAUUUCCCCGCAGCAGCCAUUGCUGAACAGCUUACCCGAAAGGACUCUGCUCUGUUUACCAAAGUGGUGCCAUACCAGUGUCUGGGCUGUGUGUGGUCACAAAGAGACAAGAAGGAAAACAUGUCGCCAACCAUACGAGCCACCGUUGCACAAUUCAACGCCGUCACCAACCAGGUCAUCGUGUCCCUUCUCAGCCAGCCGGCAGACGCCACCUCCAGCCCCACUUCCCCCCGCCGGCCUCCCACCACGCCCGCUCACAGGGCUCGCAUCGUAGAGAAGUGGAUCCGUGUAGCUCAGGAUUGCCGUCAGUUGAGGAACUUCUCCUCUCUCAAGGCGAUCCUGUCGGCCCUUCAGUCUAAUGCAGUUUACAGGCUGAGAAAGACCUGGGCGGCUGUCAGCAGGGAUAGCAUGGCCAUGUUUGAUAAUCUCUUGGAAACCUUCCCUGAUGAGAACUGUGUUCUGACCAAUAGAGAGCUCCUGGUGGAGGACCGAGGCCAAGCAAACGUGGAUAAAAUGUCUCCAAAGAUAUCCAAGCGGUGUCCGAUCCGGAGACAGAUGAGCACCUGCUGUGGGUCGGUUCCUUACCUGGGCACAUAUCUGUCCGUCUUCACCAUGCUGGACACCGCUCUGCCCGACACAGUGCAGGGCGGCCUUAUAAACUUUGAGAAGAGGAGGAGGGAGUUUGAGGUUCUGUCACAGAUCAGUGUGCUUCAGGCCUGCUGCUCCCAGUACAACCUGCCCCACACUCCCAGAAUCGCUGCCUGGCUGCGGGGACACAAGCUGCUCAACGACCAGGAGAGCUACGAACUGUCCAGACAGCUGGAGCCUCCCUUGGACUUGUGUUCCCCGACUCCCUGGAGCCACCGCACUCUCUCCAAGAAGCUCUCCUCUCUUCUGACGGUGAGCGACGGAGCUAAAAAGGUCCGUGCGGACCAGAUCAGUGUUUCAUCCUCCGGAUCCAGCGGAUCCGAGGCGGAGGAUCUGUCCUCCCUCAAAGCGGCGUGCUCCAUCGGCGUGCAGUGCUUCCACAGCUCCUGCAACAAUGUGUCCGAAGCCUUCUCCUCCCCCUCGUCCUUCUCUUCAUCGUCCCCCUCCUGCUGCGCCGCCUCCUCCCCGGACUCCCCCAAUACUUCAAGCUCCUCCUCCUCCUCCUCCUCCGCCUCCUCCUCCUCCUGCUCCUCUGCCUCCCACCACAAGCGCUCUGUGUCCCUGACCUCGCUGCCCCUGUACAACCGUCAGGCGGCUGACUCCUGCAUCGUCCGGGUGAGCGUGGACCUGGGCCACAACAACGGCAACAUGUACAAAAGCAUCCUGUUGACCAGUCAGGACAAAACUGCACAGGUGGUCAAAAGGGCGCUGGAGAAGCAUCACCUUGAGCACAUGAACUGGCAGGACUUCACCCUGACUCAGGUCCUCUCUCCGGAACGAGAGUUGCUCAUACCCGACAAAGCCAACGUGUUCUAUGCCAUGUCCACGGUGGCUAACUUUGACUUUGUUUUGCGGCAGUUCCAAAAAGGCCAGAAGAAACCGCUGAGGGCCACGUCCAGUCUGGGGCGGUACGCAAAGUAGCGCCUCUGGUCCACGAAUCCUAGGAGAUGAACUGAGCACAUGGGACUCUCCUUGAAGAAUGGUCUUUAUUUUAAUGGUCCUUUUCAUGAGAAAAGAGCCUUUUUUCACGAUCUUUGUUCUUCGGGACACCGAAGAAGUAAAAAUGUGAUGUUUUUCAUGGUAAGAUAAUGCAAAUGCACUUUAAGAAGAAAGUUCACCUCCACAGAAAAUGGAGGCUUGUAGAAACAUCUGGAUCACACCAUUGGAAUGACCUGGUAAGAAUCCUAUAAAAGUGAACCCAUUCCAUUACACACCCCCCCCCCCCCCCCUCACUCCCCCAGAGAUAUGUUCUCAAAUGCCUCUAAGCGCAUAGCGCUGCUAGAUGUCAACGCGUGUCUCCCUCGGUGACCUAACAUGAACGCUGAGAAAUGUCUGCCGACGCAGCUGGGUGCCAGUAAUAACUCCUGGGCCUGACUGUCAGGCACUCUGGAGGUAAAGGCGCUGGGUGCUAUCUGUGGAGUGGGAGGGGACGCUGGCAUUGGCGUGAUCCUCAUCGUGUGAGGCGAGCAGCCCCGACUGGACGGAUGGCCUUCCUGUGUCGUGGUAACCAUGGCAGCAGCAGCAGCAGCAGCAGCAGCAGAGACUUUUGAUGGACGGGACAGGAUACAAAAAUUCAGAUGUCUCUCGAUAUGACAAAAAUGAGGGUGAACAGAGAUUCGCCAAACCCACUGUACACCCCCCCCCCCCCUGAAGUUGUAAACCUAGAGGAAACACUGAGAAGCCUUAUAUAAUGAAGAUAUUUUAAAUGUUAAUGACAUAUUUAAAAUGGCAAGAAUGCUUGCAAUUUAAAAAAAUGUUUUAUUACUGAAAUUGUAUUAAACAAAUAUGGUUGAGUCUUGUAAAUCCUGGAUGUAACUUAAAAAGUUUAGAUGUAAUCAUUUCAAUGACGUCCACGGACUCUCGCUCUGGUAGCUGAUAGGAUCAUGUUCAGACAGUUGUAGAGGAAGAGGUGCACAUGGAGUGACGUUAUCACUCGGAGCGUCGAGAGCCUUCCUGAAAGUCUGUUCUACCUCCUCGGCCUACACAGCCCAUGCAGAUCUGGGGCUUUCAAAGUGUUAAAAACUGACUUUUAUUGCUUUUAAUCGAUCUUAGGAUCAAGGAAUUAACUGCCAGUUGUAAAACAAAGUGAAAUAAACAGUUUAAUAAACCUCUUUUCAGUC